ACAAGAUUCUGUCGUGUGCAUAGCAACAUUACACAUCAACGAAUAUUAACAACUGAUGACACGCUGUUUGUCAAAAUAACCUUUACGGAUCGGCAACAAAUUUCAAGAAAAUGAUCCCGGAGCUGUCCAACCCCUCGGUGUGUAUGAGGGACCCUGAGAGGGUACACGAGAUCCUACAGUCCAUGGCGAAAUCUGGCUCCAACACCGUCCAGGUGAUCUCAGACUUUGACAUGACCCUAACAAGAUUUGCACACAAUGGCAAAAGGUGCCCUACGUGUCACAAUAUACUUGACAACAGCAAACUUAUCUCUGAUGACUGCAAAGAGCAGAUGAAGGAACUACUCAACACAUACUACCCUAUAGAGAUCGAUUCUUCACGGUCAAUAGAUGAAAAGUUGCCUCUAAUGGUUGAGUGGUGGACUAAAGCCCAUGAACUACUGGUACAGCAGAAGAUCAGAAAAGACUUGCUGGCCAAAGUGGUACAGGAGUCUGAUGCCAUGCUCAGAGAGGGCUACCAGCUCUUCUUUGACCACCUGCAUGAGCACAGCAUCCCUCUGCUCAUCUUCUCUGCUGGGAUAGGAGACAUCCUGGAGGAGGUGAUUCGCCAGGCUGGGGUCUUCCACCCCAACGUCAAAGUCUUCUCCAACUACAUGGACUUUGAUGAGUGUGGGGUACUGAAGGCCUUCAAGGGAGAGCUGAUCCACAUCUACAACAAAAGGGAAGGCGCUUUGCUCAACACUGGCCAUUUCCAGGAGUUGCGGGCACGACCUAACGUAUUACUGAUGGGGGACUCUCUGGGAGAUCUGACCAUGGCUGACGGGGUGCAGCAGAUGGAGAACAUCCUCAAAAUCGGAUUCCUCAAUGACAAGGUGGAGGAGAGGAAGCAGUCAUACUUGGACUCAUAUGACAUUGUGUUGGUAAAAGAUGAAACCUUGGAAGUCCCCAAUGCUGUACUGCUCUACCUCACUGGCAAUAAGUGAACUGAGAAUUGACUGUUUAAGGUUCACUUGCCACUCUGGUGCUAUAAACUGAAGAGGCCCAUCUUCAGAACGUUAUUGAUAACCAACUAAGAAUGUUUAGAGUAUUUUUUUUUAAUUUCUACUAAAAAGGUAUACACGUUUGUGAAUGAGUCAAGGUUAGCACAGCUGCAGCUCACAAACACCAUGUCACUCUUUCAUAUCCAUGUUUACGGGCCUUCUUCUCAUGUUAAUGGUUGAACUGUUUUUAGACCAUACUGUAUAUGAUGGAAGCCAGAUUUGGACUGUCUACCUAUGUGCAGCAUGUAAGUGUGUGUUAGUGUGUUUUAGUGUGUUUGUUUAUUUUUUUUUUUGGGAGACAAUUGUCAGACGUUUCUGGUUCUCAUAUAAAAAAUAUACUGAUAAAAGGGAAAGAAAAAUGCACGUCAAUGGCAGCGCUUGACAUUUGGUUUGAAACUGAUUUCCAGCCUCUUACUACAAAACAAUUUUCCAGCUAAUUUUAACCUGAAACCAAAUACUUUUAAAAAUCAUUUUCCAUGUUUUACCUUGGUCUAGUUUUUCAGUUUCUUGCCAUAUUGUCAAGCUCACAAUACAUUUGGUGUUUUCUGUUAAAGCUAUUGUUUUUCUUAUGACACAACUGUAAUAGUAAGUGUUGCACAGACAGCUGUCUGUGCAACACUUAAAAUAAAUAGGUGAGCAGAGAUAAAAAUAUCUAGAUCUUUUUUUAAGAUCUGAGUUCACUAAUGAUCUGUAAGAGUAACUGCUACCUCAGAAGUUUUCUGGUAUUUGCAAGAAAAAUAAAACUUAUUUAGAUUUUUUUGUUUGUUUUUUAAACUUUAGAUAGUUUAAUUUCUAGGUUCAUUCAGGAGUUUGAUACUUUCUGCACUGCCACAACAAAAGUUUCUAAAAACCUUUUAACUAAAGAAUAGAACAAUAUCCAAGAAUGACAGAUUUUUUUUUCUGUCAUUUGUGGACUGUGUGCCACAUGCAGCAAGUCAUGAUUUUUUUAUCUGUCCAAACUCAUUUACUUUUCCAAUGUUACAACUUGUACGAAAUAAAAUUCAGUUUCAUCUUUU